ACCAUGGACGAGGCUGACCGGCAGCUUCUGAGGCGGUGCCGGGUGCGACUGGUUAGCGAGCUGGAGGUGGCUGAGCUCUGGGACGCGCUCAUCAGCCGCGAGCUCUUCACACCCGACAUGAUCGAGGACAUCCAGCGAGCGGGCUCUGGAUCUCGGCGGGAUCAGGCCAGGCAGCUGAUCACAGAUCUAGAGACUCGAGGGAGCCAGGCCCUUCCUCUGUUCAUCUCCUGCUUACGGGACACAGGCCAGAACCUGCUGGCUUCAUUUCUGAGCAACAGUCGCCAAGCUCCAGGAGCUUCCAUACGCCCAGGCCUGGUGGACCUCAACCCAAUUGAGCUCACAGUCCCUCAGAUGAGGCAGAAUCCAUCGAAGGCCAUGGUGGAAAACAUCCCCAAAGUGAUGACUGGGCCUGACUAUCCCAGGUCACCGGAACUCAGGCCAGUGGUGUCCCAGCCAGUGACAGCUGGCUCUGGAGAACUCCGUGACACUUGUGGGUCAGAAGCAGUGCGAUUGGCACAGGAUAGAGCAUACGUCCUGGACGCCAACCCUUGCGGCUACUGCCUCAUCAUCAACAAUGUGAACUUCUGCCCCAAGUCAGAGCUCAGCUCCCGUACUGGCUCCGAUAUCGACUGUGAGAAGAUGCAACGACGCUUCCACUUGCUGCAUUUCACCGUGGAGGUGAAGCGUGACCUGACUGCCAAGGAAAUGCACCUGGCUUUGUGCAAGCUGGCGCAGAGGGACCACAGUGUCCUGGACUGCUGUGUGGUGGUCAUCCUCUCUCAUGGCUGUCAGGCCGUUCACCGCCAGUUCCCAGGGGCCGUCUAUGGUACCGAUGGAUGUUCUGUGCCCGUUGAGAGAAUUGUGAACAUCUUCAAUGGGACCAACUGCCCCAGCUUGGGAGGGAAGCCCAAGCUCUUUUUCAUCCAGGCCUGUGGUGGAGAGCAGAAAGACCGUGGGUUUGAAGUGACCUCUGCUUCCCCUGAAGACGGAGCCUUUGACAGUACUGUGGAGUCAGAUGCCGCCCCAUUCCAGAAAGGUCCAGAAAGCUCUGACCAGCCGGAUGCUGUGGCUAGUUUGCCCACCCCCAGUGACAUUUUCGUGUCCUACUCCACCUUCCCAGGUUUUGUCUCCUGGAGGAAUAUCAGCAGUGGCUCCUGGUACAUUGAAACCCUGGACAGAGUCUUUGAGCAGUGGGCUGACUCAGAAGACCUGCAGCACCUCCUGCUCAGGGUUGCCAAUGCUGUUUCAGAGAAAGGAAUUUACAAGCAGAUGCCGGGUUGUUUUAAUUUCCUCCGGAAAAAACUUUUCUUUAAAACUUGA